CGCUACAUGAAGUAGCGGUUUUAUUCAUGCAUCUGGAGUAAACCGCCAUCUGAGAUGGCGGUUUUGUAGUGGAAUUUUUUUUAAAAAAAAAAAAAAAAUAUAUGUUAAGUAAACCGCCACUUGAAGUGGCGGUUUGGUAGCAGUACAAAGCAGCCACAGUGUCGUGAGUUUUCAUUCAUUCCACUCCAUUCUUAGUUGCUACCGGUUUUGCUAAAAAAAAAAAAUUCUUCACUCUCAUUUACUUCAAAUUUACAAUUCCUCUCAUUCAACUAAGCUAAUCAACUAUAUUCCCAUCUUCUCCUUGUGUACUAGUUCAUUUUCAUCCUCAUUUAAGGUAUGAAUAAAACCCUAAUUUUUGUUCAAUAUGCAAAUUGUUUUUUUUGUUCAUUAUUGUUUGAAUUGAAGUUAUAAAAACGUUAAUUGUUUGUUACAUUCUAUUGGUUUCAUGAUUUAAGCUUACGUUUUACACAUUUGUAGUUGAAUUUUAGGAUUUGUUUUGUAUGCAUAUAAAGUGUUUGAUGAAAUGCUUCAAUGAAAGUUUAUUACUUUGUAGGGUUAGUUUAAUGGUUUUUGUAUAUAUUCAUGGUAUUUUUAGCUUUUAUAUUUGAAAUGAACCUUAUAAUAAGUGUUCUAAUACCUUAGUAUCACAAAUUCUUGUAUUCAAAUUUACACUUUCCGUUAUAGUGUAUUGGGGUGAGGAAGUCAUGAUAUUAGUUGCAAAUUGGUAGCAAAUUGGUGGAGAUAUCACAUGAAAGAUCAUUAUCCCAUUGAAAAACAUGUUGAAUUGGUUGCAAAUUUGGAUAAUGCGAGGGAAGUCAUGAUAUUUUUAUGAUUUUUAUAACACUUAUGGCGAUGAAAAACACGUAACAGCGAUCAUGGCGAUGCGGGGCCCAGUUGAUCCAUCAGUGCUUACGCUUCAGGCGACACACAGGAGCGUAGCUGCGUGGGAGGGCUCCACUGCCCAAUUGGUUACUCGUCAGCACUACCAGGCGAGUACGUUACGGUGGGAGGUGGAUGACAAGGUAUUAGACGUAGUCGAGCUAGCUGGUUUUAGAUACAUUCACCGGUUGUUGGGUGGGGGCUUAGAGCUCGAUCGAGCACUUAUCACUGCAUUGGUGGAGAGGUGGAGGCCGGAGACACAUACCUUCCACCUCACAGUUGGCGAGGCAACGAUCACGUUGCAAGAUGUGGCAGUUAUCAUGGGACUGCCGGUUGAAGGACAACCAGUCAUUGGUCAUGGGGAGGGAAAUUGGCCAGCAUUAGUACAUGAGCUGCUAGGGGUUUGGCCGGAAAACCCUCAAGACCCCUCACAGCCGAAGAUCAUCGUUGGAUCGUCAUUGAAGCUGACUUGGCUUCGACAGCAUUUUAGCGCGCUUGAGGAUGAUGCAGAUGAUGUGACGGUUGACAGACAUGCCCAAGCUUACAUUUUGUACCUGUUUGGAUGCAUCUUGUUUCCGGACAAGAGCGGCGACUCGGUACAGUUGAUCUAUCUCCCUCUACUGGGAGACUUGGAGCGCGUAGAUGAGUACAGUUGGGGAAGUGCUACCCUAGCGUAUCUGUAUCGUAACUUAUGUCGAGCAUCUCGUAAGGGUGCCAAGGACAUGGGUGGAUGCUUGAUGUUGUUACAGAUAUGGUCAUGGGAGCACAUUCAUAUAGGGAGGCCCAUUAUUCGGACGGUUCGACCGGAUGGGCAACAUGAUCAGGAAGAUGACGCGGAUGAUUUUGAACCGAUAUUAGGGUCACAGCAUCGGUGCGGGAUGGAUCCUUUGGCAGUAAGCUGGCUUCGCGUAUAUCUUUCGAGAUCCCACUCCCCACAUACUCUCGUCUACUACAGGGACGCACUAGAUCGACAACGGGACGAGCAGAUGACAUGGCAGCCUUACACAGCAGCUAAGAUGGAAGCUCUACCGCACAUAUGUACAUCGGGCCACGAGAUUUGGAGAUCGCGUUGUCCUCUUAUUUGCUUUGACAUCGUCGAGCUACAUCUCCCGGAUCGUGUCAUGCGUCAAUUCGGUUUGGAGCAGGUAAUUCCGCAAGCCUGUGACACCCAACGUCAACUACAUGCGAUCGAUCGGAGGACUGGGGACAAGAACUACCUCGUACGACAUAGAUCGCAUGUAGAUGCGUGGAACGACCGAGCAUCUACAUUGGUUGGAGGAGAUAACUUCACAGGUCAUAGCUCUGCUAUGUACAUGAGUUGGUACAGGCGCAUCUCCAUAUUACGCCUAACGAACAUCGCAUUUACGUAGCCAGGAUCACAUUACCAUCCGACAUCUACGUUACUGGCUGAGCGCAUCCGAUCGGUGUUGAUACAAUGUAAUGACACGAUUCAAGGGGCCGCUACAUCGCCAGUUGACGUGGGCUACCGGCUAUGUUCUCAGACCUUAGGCUCCAUUAAUGCGUCGUUGACCGAUGCA